AUGCAUCUACAUUUUAAUUCAAGUAUUCUUGAUUAUAUUCAUCUUGUACCACCAAGUUGGUCAAUUACAACAAUUGCAAUGAAAAUUUGUUCGAUUCUAUUUCUAUUUCUUGAUUUUGAUAAAACAAAUCGUCUUGAAGAAUAUCAUAUUCAUGCAUUACUUAUUUACCUUACAAAUAUACAUAAAAAUCAAACAUCUACACUAUUUUAUAAAUUAGAUCUUGAUCGAUCUGGUGUUAUGGAUUUAGAAGAAUUUUUUCUUUUAAUUACACUUCUUAUAGCAAAUAAAGAUAAAAAAGAAAAAGAAUUUAUGCAUGCACAUUCUAAAACUGUUUUUGAAUUACUUGAUGAAGAUAGUUCGGGUACAAUAACAGUUGAAGAAUUUCAACGUCUUGGAUUUUUAUUUAAUCUUGAUAAUAGAGAAAUUCGUUUUAUAUUUAAAGAUUUCGAUAUUAGUGGUGAUCAUGCUCUUGAUUAUUCAGAAUUUCGUAUGUUUACAUUAGCUUGUAUUAAUAAACAAAAAUCUAUGAAGAAAAAACGUUUUAAAAUGUUACUUCAACGUCGUUUUAGUUUUCUUGCAAAACAACGACAAUCUAUUCUUAACUAUAUUAAUAAAACAAUUAAUGAAUGUGUUCCGUAA